AACUGUUCUUUUUAGUAAAAAUACAGUUAAAGUGCACUUGAAUAAGGCCACAGAAAUAAAGGUUUUGGAGUCAACCGAACACAAUAUCAUUGCUGCUUUUCUGACAAUUGGUGUCAAUUUCUUGCUUUUCAGUUAAUCGUAACAGUUCAAAGCAGUCAUGUUGGUAAAUGAUUUAGUGGCUUGUGAUAUGUUCCUAUUGUAAAUUUUAUCCCGUAUUCAUUAGACAGCAUGUUGACCUUGCUUCAUCUUGUAUUAGUUCCCCGCAGUGUUUAAUGGUCACUGCCGUAACAUUUUAGGUAUGUUGUCAUGCUGACUGCUGUGUCAGGUGGGAUACAGUGAUGGAUGAGGGCCAAAAGGACGAAUGUUCAAAACAACAGCCUCAGAAGUGUUCAGCGAAAUGAUAUUUCUGCCAUGGAAACUUAUCAGAUGCACUUUUAAACUAUCUACAAUCACCAUCUGUCACAACUGAAGCACCAGAUACAGCCUCCUCUGCCCAGCCUUUGGAGCUGCACACACCAGCUGCUGCUGAGACAGAUGAGUGAGCCUGGAGUGAAGCUCGCCUAGGGCACUGAACGCGGUAGGGCCGGCCCUGACUUCCACGAAUGAGAGUGAGACCGAGAGAGGCAGAAAGAGAGAGUGAAAACAGUAACUGGCAUUUGUUUCACGUGAAACUUAAACUGUCUUCACACUCUGGGCUGGACGAGAGCAGACUGAGCCCUGUAACCAAGAGAGCCAAGCCAACUUACUUGGCUUUGGAUAAAGAGAACCAAAUCAUCGGCUAUGUAGUGCCUAUCUUCAGAGGCAGUCAAGAGUUUGCUACAGGAUUUUCGGAUACAGAGGAGAAAAGGGUGAGGGACACUGCUGCAUACAUGGCCCGCAGGGAUCUGUUCACCAGUGGUCUGGAGAUGGAGAGGUCAGAACAGACCUCCAGGAAGGAGACCAUGCGCGAGUCGGCUGAACGCAUCUCUCUGAACAAAAGGAUCCAUGAACACGGGGAACACUUCAAGCGUAUGAACGAAGACAGCCUAAUGCACGCCCCGAACUUUGUGAUUAAACCUCGCUCCCACACCGUGUGGGAGAAUCAGUGUGUGCGGCUGCAUUGCACUGUCAGCGGCUGGCCUGACCCACGGGUCGUCUGGUACAAAAACAAUGUGACAAUUGACCCACUUGCCCACCCUGGCAAGUUUAAACUUCAGAGCAGUUACAACGUGCACUCACUGGAGAUUAACAGAUGUGAUUUCGAUGACACGGCGCAGUAUCGCGUCUCUGCUAUGAACUCCAAGGGAGAGCUGUCUGCAUUUGCCUCCGUCGUCGUGAAGAGGUUCAAAGGGGAAAUUGAUGAUUCCCUGCCAGCCCCUCGACACGGCCCAGUGUCUGAGUAUGGCAUCACCUUCAAGACUCACAUUGUUGAUACGUUCGGCGUAUCAUUUGGAAGAGAGGGUGAGACCAUGAGUCUUGGAUGCACGGUCAUCAUCUACCCUCACCUGCACCACUACCAGCCAGAGGUCCAGUGGUACAGAGACCAUGUUCUGCUAACUGAAUCUAAAUGGAGCCACAUGCACUGGAGUGGAGACCGAGCCACACUGACGCUCACACACCUGAACAAAGAGGACGAGGGGCUCUACACCCUGCGUGUCACCACCAAGUCUGGAUAUGAAACCUACUCCGCCUACGUCUUUGUCAGAGAUUCUGAUGCUGAGGUGGAAGGAGCUCCAGGUGCCCCUCUGGACGUGUGCUGUCUGGAUGCCAACAAGGAUUACAUUAUUGUCAGCUGGAAGCAGCCAGCUGUGGAUGGCGGAGAGUCCAUCCUGGGUUACUUUGUGGACAGAUGUGAGGUUGGAACCAACCACUGGUGCCAGUGCAAUGACACUCCAAUCAAGUUUGCCCGUUUCCCCGUCACUGGCUUGGUUGAAGGUCGUUCUUACAUCUUCCGUGUGCGUGCGGUCAACAAGAGCGGCAUGAGCCAUCCGUCCCGCGUGUCUGAGCCAGUGGCUGCCAUGGACCCUGCCGACCGCGCCCGCAUGAGAGGUACCUCUGCUCCCUGGACCGGACAAAUCAUUGUGACAGAGGAGGAGCCUGCAGAGGGCAUUGUUCCCGGAAGACCUCGUGAGCUGCAGGUUACAGAGGCAACCAAGAACUAUGUGGUGCUGAGCUGGAAACCACCUGGAGAGAAAGGCCUUGAGGGUGUCAUGUACUACGUGGAAAAGUGUGUGUCUGGCUCAGACAGCUGGCAGAGGGUGAACACAGAGAUCCCAGUCAGAUCUCCUCGCUUUGCAUUGUUUGAUCUCGCCGAGGGAAAAUCCUACAACUUCCGUGUCCGCUGCUGCAACUCCGCUGGCGUCGGCGAGCCCUCUGACCCAACUGAGGCCACCACAGUUGGUGACAAGCUUGAUAUCCCCUCUGCCCCAAGCAAAGUUGUUCCAACAAGAAACACAGACACAUCAGUCGUUGUGUCUUGGGAAGCGUCCCAUGACGCUAAAGAGUUGGUGGGAUAUUACAUUGAGGCCAGUCUUGUGGGCAGCAAUGUCUGGGAGCCGUGCAACAACAAACCUGUAAAUGCUACCAGGUUUAUCUGCCACGGUCUGAUGACAGAAGAGACGUACGUGUUGAGGGUGAGGGCCGUGAACGCUGCAGGGCUCAGCCAGUUCUCUGAAGAGUCUGAGCCUGUGAAGGUGAAGGCUGCAAUUGGGGGCGGCAUCCCUCAUGGUGUGUUGCCGGAGAUGGGGCCGGGGGGUAACGUGGGCCAACUAACUGAGCACAGGCCACGCUGGACGGGCAAGCAUGAAACUGUCCAGUCCCCCCCUGACACAAUGCAAAAGCGCAAAGCUCAGGCUGACACUGAAGCCAGGCAGGGGGCCAGGGCUACUAGCUCGGGCCUCGCAGACCCCACGGAGAGUAAAAACAAAGGGGGGAAGAGAGGCGGUGUGUCCUGGGCCCCUAACCUGGCAAAAGACCUGUCUGUGUCAGGCUCAGUUUCUGACUCACUUACUGACAUAGUCACAGCUGCACACUUAGACCCCGUCAGUGCUGAGGUUCAGGAUCAGGCUGUAAAGACAGCCGGUGAGCCUGAGGCCACGCAGGCACGUAAGUUCUCAGUAGAUGCUUCUGCUAAUCGGAAGACAGCGAGGCCCAGGAGAGAGUCGGCAGCCUCCCCUACUCCACCCUAUGGCAUCAGUGUCCUGGAGUGUGUGCGCGACGCCAUGGUGCUGGCCUGGAAACAGCCGACCUUCAUCGGCGGCGCUGACAUCACCGGAUACUUUGUGGAUUAUCGUGAGGUCAUCGAUGGAGUGCCGGGAAAGUGGCACGAGGCCAACAUCAAGUCUGUCAGUGAGAGGGCCUAUAGGGUAACUGAUCUGAAGGAGAACAAGAAGUAUCAGUUCCAGGUGCGAGCAGCCAACAUGGCAGGUGUCGGCAUCCCGUCGCUGCCCAGUGACACCUUCCUGUGUGAGGAGUGGACCAUUGCCGUACCAGGACCUCCUUAUGAUCUUGAGAUUAGAGAGGUGCGAAGUGACUCUCUGGUGUUGCUAUGGAGAGCACCCGUGUACCAGGGCCGUGAUCCAGUCAACGGGUUCUACAUUGACAUCAAGGAAGCGGACGCACCAGAGGAGGCGUGGAGAGGCGUCAACACGAAGGCUACCGAGAAGACAUUCUUCAAGAUUAAGAAUCUAAAAGAGGCAGAGACGUAUGUGUUCCGUGUGCGUGCUCAGAACAAAGCUGGCGUUGGAAAAACCUCAGAGGUCACAGACCCCGUCCAUGCUGUGACCAAACCAGGCACCACAGAGAUCGUUGUGGAUGUUGAUGAUGACGGUGUCAUCUCCCUGAACUUUGAAUGCUCUGACUUGAACGCCGACUCCAAAUUUGUGUGGUCCAAGAAUUAUGAGGAAAUCACAGAUUCAACCCGCAUGACUAUGGAGACCAAGGGAAACAUGUCCAAAGCCAUUUUCAACACUCCUGGGGAGGAGGACAUUGGUAUUUACUCUUGUUUUGUCACCCACACUGAUGGUGUUUCAGCCAGCUACACUCUCUCUGAGGAAGAGUUGAAGAAGCUGCUAGAGAUCAGUCACGACCACAAAUUCCCUAUUAUUCCUCUGAAGUCAGAGUUGGCUGUGGAGCUGAUGGAGAAGGGCAGAGUUCGCUUUUGGCUGCAGGCGGAGAAGAUAUCAGCUAACGGCAAAGUUGAUUACGUGUUCAAUGACAAUCUUCUCUCACAGGGGGAGAAAUACAAGAUGCACUUUGACAAGGACACCGGCGUGAUUGAGAUGAUCAUGGAGUGUCUGAACCCGGAAGAUGAGGGCACCUUCACCUUCCAGUUGCAGGAUGGGAAAGCUAAAAACCAGUCCAGCUUGGUACUGAUAGGGGAUGUGUUCAAGCAGCUGCAGAAGGAAUCAGAGUUCCAGAGGAAAGAAUGGUUCAGAAAACAAGGUCCUCACUUUAUCGAAUAUCUGAGCUACGAGGUGACACCAGAAUGCUGUGUUGUAUUGAAGUGCAAGGUUGGCAACAUGAAGAAGGAGACGGUCGCGCUGUGGUACAAAGACGGACGCGAGCUCAAAGCAGACGAGCACCUGAGCUUCGCUGAGGGAGUGCUGACUCUGGAAAUAGCUCAGCGUGGCUCCACUGCAGACACAGACGACGACCAAGUUUGGAGAGCAGCAAAAAUUUCCAAGAAGGAUGCCGGCAUAUAUGAGGUUGUUCUGAAGGAUGACAGAGGAAAGGACACGUCUACGUUGAAUUUGACAGAUCAAGGUUUCAAGGACUUGAUGAAUCUAGUUUUCAGUGUUAUCGCCAAUUCCUCCACACCGCUGAAGAUCACAAGCACAGAUGAAGGCAUAAGACUCUACACCUUUGUCAACUACUAUAAUGAUUUGCUCCAAGUCACAUGGCACUACAAGGACUCAGCCAUCGCCUUCUCCGACCGUGUAAAGAGUGGUGUGGUGGGAGAGCAGCUGUGGCUGCAGAUCACAGAGCCCACAGAGAAAGACAUGGGCAAGUACGCCAUUGAGUUCCACGAUGGAAAGGACGGCUUGAAGAGGACCGUUGAUCUGUCUGGUAAAGCAUUUGACGAUGCUUUUGCAGAAUUCCAGAGACUCAAAGCUGCUGCUAUCGCAGAAAGAAACCGUGCUCGAGUAGCAGGAGGUCUGCCUGAUGUGGUCACCAUACAGGAGGGCAAGGCCCUCAACCUCACCUGCAACAUUUCGGGCGACCCCGUGCCAGAGGUCACCUGGCUGAAGAACGACAGGGAGAUCACGUCCGACGAACACAUCAUCCUCAAGUUCGAAUCGGGCAAGUUCGCCAGCUUCACCAUCACCGCCGUGAACACGUCGGACUCUGGCAAGUACAGCAUCCUGGUGAAGAACAAGUACGGCACGGAGAGCGGGGACUUCACCGUAAGUGUCUUCAUCCCUGAAGAACUGGGCGGCAAGAAAAAGUAAAAGCGGUCCAAAUCUUGUCAUAAAUAUGUAUAAAUGAAAAACACUGGAAACAGUUUUAAAAAAAAAAAAGGGCUUGAGGAUGUGUUAGAUGUUUUGUGUAGAAAUAAAUUAACUUAAGAGGUGCUGAACAAUCUGAACAUGACAACAGUUCAGAGAGGAAUCCAAACUGUGGUUUAGAGUUGUAACUUAAAGACACAAGUGGAAAUCUAUACCGUAUGUACACAUUUGGUCCAAUAAUGAUGAAUCUAAUGUCAGCUGAACGUCAUAAGACACUCAAAAAUAUUACUGGUGCAAAUUUAGUUUGUGUUUGUGUAAAGCUAUGGCAUGCAAAGAAGCAAAUGUUGGCAUAAACUUCAUUGUUUACUUCAGGAAAAGAAAUGAAACGUUACUUUCAACAACAAAAAAAAAGCCAAAAGUAAUUAAGUUGUGUUGAUAGGAUGCAACUCUCAGUCAAAGAAGAGAAAGAUGUCUAUAAAAAGCCAUAUGGAUGUAUUUGCACGUUCUACCUCAUUUUCUACAAAUUCUGUGGACUUCACUGCUAAAAAUUUUCAAAAGCACUCAAUAGUUUUAGAUUUAUAAAUGUGUUGUUUUCCUGCAUUUUCUGCAGCAAUCGGUUUCAUUUCAUGUCAUUAACAUAAAGGAAACAUUUUGGAGAGACU